ACCGCCGCUGCCGGGGCCCCACCUUCCCGUCGACCCCCGCGAGAAGGUCCUGGGGCUGCCACCCUCGUUCCCCCGAUUGGGGCCGCAGGUGUGAUGGUUGGCUCCCACGCGGACAUGGCCCCGGCCUCUACUGCGGAGGGGGCCGGGGAGAAGCCAGGCCCUGCGGCCCCUGCCCCGGCGGCCCAGUACGAGUGUGGGGAGUGUGGCAAGUCAUUCCGGUGGUCGUCCCGGCUUCUGCACCACCAGCGCACGCACACAGGCGAGCGGCCCUACAAGUGUCCAGACUGCCCCAAGGCCUUCAAGGGCUCCUCGGCCCUGCUCUACCACCAGCGAGGCCACACAGGCGAGCGGCCCUACCAGUGCCCCGACUGCCCCAAGGCCUUCAAGCGCUCCUCCCUGCUGCAGAUCCACCGCAGCGUGCACACCGGCCUGCGGGCCUUCAUCUGCGGCCAGUGCGGCCUGGCCUUCAAGUGGUCGUCCCACUACCAGUACCACCUAAGACAGCACACAGGCGAGCGCCCCUACCCGUGCCCGGACUGCCCCAAGGCCUUCAAGAACUCGUCCAGCCUGCGGCGCCACCGCCAUGUGCACACUGGCGAGCGGCCCUACACCUGUGGCGUCUGCGGGAAGAGCUUCACGCAGAGCACCAACCUGCGGCAGCACCAGCGUGUGCACACGGGCGAGCGGCCCUUCCGCUGCCCGCUCUGCCCCAAGACCUUCACCCACUCCUCCAACCUGCUGCUGCACCAGCGCACGCACUCAGCCGAGCGCCCCUUCACCUGCCCCAUCUGCGGUCGCGGCUUCGUUAUGGCCGCCUACCUGCAGCGGCACCUGAGGACGCACGCCCCGGCCAACACGGCUCCCAGCACCACAGCCCCCGCCGCCGGCUCCCAGCCCCCUGCUCCACUGGCUGCCGCCCGGGCCCCGCCAGCCACCCAAGAUGUCCAUGUACUGCCCCACCUCCAGGCCACGCUCUCCCUCGAGGUGGCGGGAGGCACGGCCCAGGCCCCGAGCUUGGGGCCAGCAGCGCCCAACUCUCAGACGUUCCUCCUGGUGCAAACUGCCCAGGGCCUCCAGCUGAUCCCUAGCAGCGUGCAACCCCCUACACCUCCGCCCCCUCCUGCACCUCCCAAGCUCAUCCUGCUGCCCUCCUCCAGUGCUGGGGCUGGGAGCGGCCGUGCAAGGCAGGGCCCGCGGGCAGUGGGGAAAGCCAGCCAGGGGGCGGGAGUGGUCUGGCUGCCAGGCCCUGGGGGUCUAGGGGUGCAGGGAGCGGCCAGCGCAGGGGCCAGCGGGGCAGCGCAGAGCCUCAUCGUUCUGCAGAAUGUGGGGGGUGGGGAGGCAGGGCCACAGGAAGUGAGUGGGGUGCAGCUCCAGUCCCUCCGGCCAGCCCCAGAAGUAACCACGGUCCAGCUCCAGCCAGCACAGGAGGUGACCACGGUCCAGCUUCAGCCAGCACAGGAAGUAACCACGGUC